CUGGGAGAGCGGCAAAGCAUCCACAAACACCACGCCACAGUGGAAGUUAAAAACUUUCAGCUUUCGGCCACCCUUCAAAAUGGAAGCAUAAAAAACUCGCCAGUUACACACGCCUUUAUUCCAAUACCCAAAACAGCCAAAACCGACAAACCUAAAGCUCUUCUCUCUUAUCUCACGGUCUCUCACCUACUAAUAACGUUUUCUUUUCCAGAAAAAGUAGCAGUGUAUGUUAUGUAUCAUGACAAAAACAAAGGUCUUGAGUUGAGACAGGUUAUAGCUGCAACAGUGGCAAGUGAUCCAGCAAAAUAUAAUGAAGCAUUUCUUGGAAAACCAAAUGAGGAAUAUUGUGCUUGGAUUCUUGACUUAGAGAAGUGGGGAGGUGCCAUUGAGAUUUCAAUAUUAGCUGAUUAUUAUGGGUGUGAAAUUGCUGCAUAUGAUAUCCAAACAAUACGAUAUGAUUUGUAUGGUCAGGACAAUAAGUACACUGAGAGGGAGAUGUUGAUUUAUGAUGGACUUCAUUAUGAUGCUUUGGCUAUAUCUCCAUUUGAGGGAGCUCUGGAGGAAUUUGAUCAGACCAUAUUUGCUGUACAAAAUGAUAGAACAAUUGGACCAGCUGAGGAAAAGAAUUUACACGGACACUUCCAACUUCAGUUUGCGCUGUGGAGUAUGCCAAAUUGGAGUAGUUGGUCAGAAGUCGAGCAUGCACAAGCCACAGGCCACGUCAACUUCCAAGAAUAUAGAUGAUAAAAUUUGCGAGGAAAACAAUUCAAGACUGAUGAUAAAUUUUGUUUCUGUGAGCUCAUUUGGUUCUUGUACCAUUCAGUCAGUAAAUUACCUGGAUUCUUUCAGACGCCGUUGUCUAUUGGUUUGCAUGCAUCAAACAAGACAAAUUGAUCUUUCUGUUACUGAUUCAAUUUAGAACAAUUCAUGAAUUUGGCAACCAGUAGCAUUUUUUUCAAUUGUUAAUUUGAUUGGUUGAUCUCUCUAUUGUGAGAUAUGUUGAAAUUAAGAACCCUGAUUCUGAAUCUCAUUGAUGGAAUUAAUUAA